AUGAGAAAAUCCCAAAUUAUUGAUAACCCUUCAAAUUCUUUGGAAAAUAAUAAAUCAAAUGAUGAUAGCAUUGAUUUAGAUAAACCUGAUGAUAAUGACAAAUGUGAAUAUGAAGUAGACGAAAAAUCUGAAAUUGAACAAAUUAUAUCAUUCAAUUUGGUUAUAAAAUCCUCUACUAUAUCAUUUAAGGCAGAAAAACAAGAGGAGUUAGAGCAUAGUUGGAAGAUAUACAAGAUUACAAAAAAUUUCUUUCAGACUAUAAGAAAUUGA